CGUGAUUGGUGUCUGGUCUUUCAUAACUAUUCACCCAACACCAGACAGACGAUUAAUUUUUUGUAGUUGGGUUAGCCGGUGGAUUGUUGGUGUGGUUGCGGUGUGAUUGAGGUUAAGUUUUGGUCACAAGGUUUAAUCUUAAAUUUAAAUAUUGUAGUGUGAAUUUGUAUCAGUUAUCAAGAUGACUUCGUGGUUAUUUGGGAGGAGAGCUGAACAGCCUCCAGCAGAGUUUCCUCAAUUUCCUACAACCGGAGGUGGUGAAGGUGGAGGUGGUGAAUCCGAUGAUGACCGUAAAAAGCGCAUGGAAGCCUACCGCUUUGACUCUGCAGCUCUGGAAAGGGCUGCAAAGGCAGCGAAGGAUCUUGAAAAAUCAAGGUUUGCCAAAGAGGCCUUUGACUUGACGAAGAUGCAGGAGGUGACAAGGCAGCAGGAGUAUGCGGCCAAAGUGAAAGAAUACGAGGCGCACAUAGAGCAAACCAAAGCUGACAUCAAGCGGGUGGGAGCGGAGGAGAAACGCAAGACACUGCAGGAGGAGACACGACAACAUCAGGCACGCGCACAAUACCAGGAUCAGCUGGCUCGCAAACGGUAUGAAGAUCAGCUUCUUCAGCAGCAGAGGGUAAAUGAUGAGAACCUCAGAAGACAAGAGGAGUCUGUUGCUAAACAAGAAGCCAUGCGUAAAGCCACCAUAGAGCAUGAGAUGGAUUUGAGGGCUCAGUUGGAGAUGAAGAAGCUGGAAGCAGAGCUGGCUGCGAAGGCCAAGGUGGACAGAGAAAACCAGGAUCUGACACUGGAACAGAUCAGAGUGAGAGCUGCAGAGAACAGGAUAACCGUGUUGGAGUCUAUCAAGAGUGCAGGGGCAGUAUUAGGAUCAGGUUUCUCUGCCUUGCUCACCGACUGGGACAAGGUGCUGGCAUUGGCCGGAGGUGUGUCUCUACUCGCUCUAGGUGUCUACUCGGCCAAGGGUGCCACUUCGGUCACUGCCCGAUACAUCGAGGCCAGAUUAGGCAAGCCAUCCCUGGUGCGAGACACAUCAAGGCUAUCACUAUUGGAGAGUGUUCGGAGCCCUGUUGAGACUGUCAAAAAACUGAAACCAGUAUCCGGAGAUGCUCUGUCCGGGGUUGUGCUUGCUCCUUCUCUAGAAGAGAGGCUCAGGGAUGUAGCAAUAGCUACUAGAAACACCAAGAGGAACAAGGGAAUGUACAGGAACAUCCUGAUGCAUGGUCCACCUGGUACAGGAAAGACCAUGUUUGCCAAGAAACUUGCAGCCAACUCAGGGAUGGACUACGCUAUCAUGACUGGAGGGGAUGUGGCCCCCUAUGGGGAGAAGGGGGUGACAGCCAUACACAAGGUAUUUGACUGGGCCAACAGUUCGCGCAAGGGGCUGUUGUUGUUUGUGGACGAGGCGGAUGCAUUCCUGCGCAAACGUAGUUCAGAGACCAUUAGUGAGGAUUUGCGUGCAACUCUCAAUGCCUUCCUGUACAGAACUGGCGAGCAAAGCAACAAGUGAGUACAAUGUCAGUUACAACUCUUAUAUUCUUUGUGUAUAAACACGCCAGAACAGUUUGACUGGGCUGUCAACGACAGACUGGACGAGAUGGUUGAGUUCUCUCUACCAGGACUGGAGGAGAGGGAGAGGCUGAUGAGGCUAUAUUUUGACAAGUUUGUUCUUCAGCCUGCACUUGAAGGGAAAGCGAGGCUGAAAGUGGAACAGUUUGACUAUUCUGCAUUCUGCUCCGAACUUGCACACAUAACGGAGGGCAUGUCGGGUCGUGAGAUUGCCAAGCUGGGUGUGGCGUGGCAGGCGGCCGCGUACGCCAGUGAAGAUGGGAUCCUAACAGAGAAGAUGGCAAGAGAACGCUGCCUCGAUGCUCUCAAACAACACAGACAAAAGGUGGAGUGGCAGAGUGAGCAAGAGAAGAGAGAGUCCAAGAGUAUUUCAGCAAGUUACCAGUCUGACAAGGAUGUGGUAGGACUACGGUGGAACCUGGGUGCAAAACCUGACAUUGCCUCUCCACCCACUCACCCUGGCCCUGUCGUCAAGCCGGAGUCGUAGUAUGAGG